UUCUCUCAACUUGCUGGCAUACUUCUACAUUGUCCGUGGGAACCGUAAAGAGGCUGCCAGGAUAUCAGCAGAGUUCUAUGAUUAUGGUCAGCAACACAGUGAGUACUCUAACAAACACACACCUUAAAGAGCUGUGUUUUCUCCAGAUGAUUUCUUUGUUCCACAUGCUGCAUCGUUUCAAACAUAUAUACAUAUAUAUAUAUUUGUGUGUUAAAGGCAAACUUUAUUUAAAAUGCAACAACAACACAACUGUGUUUACACCAUACACCAAGCAAUAUGUUUGACCUCAGGCAUGUCAGGUCAUAGGUAGAAAAUAUUAAUACUGUUUGCGUUAAAAUCGAGUUGCAGUACUCCCCGCUUACACAGAAGCACGCACACACUCACAAUUUCCGUGUUUACAAAUGAGCUAUAAAUACUGCAUUGCUAAUCCAGUGAGUAUAAGAGCCAUUUAAUGCAUUCACAUUAAUACAUACUGUAGAUGUAAAUGAUCUACUUUUCUUUCAUUGGCUUAAUACCCACUUAUAAAUCCUGAAUUGUACAUUCAAUAUUAAAUGAAGACAUUGUGGGCUGGCAGCUCUUUUUCUCUAAUGUAUAAAUAGAACACAGUCAUGAUAUCCUCCCCCCUCCUCCCUCCCUCACCCCCAUCCUGCCCUAGUUUCCAUUCCCAGCUAUGCAGUGCACCCUUUCACACUCAGACAGCAACCAAAACAACACUCCACAUUCUCAGGGACAAGCGGUCCGAAGGCACAUUCUGGCUGAACAGAGACACGGCGACAACAUAAUCUGUAUCUAUCAUUCAAGGGGAUGUUUAAUUUAAAGUGGACCCACUUCAUGGAAUACUAAUUAGCCAAGCUUAGGGUAUUCGUCACAGUCCUGUAGAUAUGGUCUUCCUUGUUCUAAGAAAUCUGUUUGAUGUCUGUAACUGGGAAUUUUAUAUCCAUAUUUCAAAUUAAUGUCAGUCAAGGAAAAUAGGCUGCAUGAAUAAGAGAGCAUGAAUUUCACAGGAAACACUAGGUCGAUUAUUAUCUAUAAAUUAUGAUUAAAACGGAUGAAGAUGGGAAUGAGGACGUGUGGAAUGCAUCCGCUGUUAUUCUGGACAUUGACUCAGGAUCCUGGGCGGACCGCUCGCCCCUCCACGAUGCUGCGAGUCAGGGCCGCCUCCUGGCUCUGAGGACCCUCAUUUUACAGGGUCACAGUGUGAAUGUUCUGACCAUAGACCAUGUGACACCCCUUCAUGAGGCCUGUGUCGGAGACCACGUCGCUUGUGCCAGAGCUCUCAUUGAUGCAGGAGCAAAUGUCAAUGCUUCCACAAUUGAUGGAGUCACCCCUCUGUUCAACGCCUGCACGGUGGGCAGCGUGGCAUGCACUGAAAUUCUCCUGGAAAAUGGAGCAAAACCCCUGAGCCUCGUGUACCAACCCUCACCGAUACAUGAAGCUACGAGCAAAGGUCAUUACGGUUGUGUGGAGGCUCUGGUGACUUGGGGGGCAGAUGUGGACAUGGACAUUCCUCACCUGGGCACAGCGCUCUAUACAGCCUGCAUCUGCCAAGAGCUGGAGUGUGCCAGGAAACUCCUGAGGGAAGGUGCAAAUGUGCAGAAAGGCAAAUCCUUGGAGUCACCCUUACAUGCAGCUGCAGAAAAAGACUGCACAGCUGUAGUGAAGCUGCUGCUGGACUUUGGUGCAGACAUUAAUGCCCGGAACACAGAGUUUCAGAGGCCAGUAGACGUGGCUCCACCCAGCAGUCUAACAGAGGGCUUUCUACUGUUCUACGAAGCUACACCACGACUGCUGAGCCAGCUGUGUCGUCACUGCAUCAGGAACUGCGUUGGCCGUGACAGACUCCAUCUUCUUUCCCACCUUCCUCUACCCAACAGACUCAGGAACUACCUUCAGUACCAAUGACAGGCCCACCCACCACACUGUCUGCCUGAAUGAGACUUAAAGAAAGAGGGCCUUGACACACAUCAGCUCGAAAAACUCUUCCCACUUUUACUAUUUACCAGUCGACGUGGGAAGAGAAAUUAAUAGCAAUUAGUCAAAGAGUAGACACUGAGUAGCUGAUGGUACCAUGUUUUGUUGAGUUGGUUUGCAUCCCAUAUGUGUUUGUGGACCCAAAUGAAUGUAAAGCUAUAAAACAGCUUGCAGGCCUGGCCUUCCCUGGAUACAUUACAGUUUAGAAAUAUAGAAUUAAUAAAAUAUUAUUUGCAAUUCACAUUUGCUGUAUUUAGAGGAUGCUUUAAAGUUGCAUUAACUACCAAAGAGAGGGAUGCACUUGCACAAGUAUUUCCUUAAGGUUACAAUGUUAUAAAUGCACAAAA